AACAAUAAGCAUCGCACUUGUACCCACGAGGGUAAAAGACACAAGUAUAAAUCAACUUAAGUUUUUUUUUUCUAAUAACAAUUUUGCAACAAUCGAAGUACGUACAUAUAAAGUAUUAAAAAUAAUUGUUAUUAUUAUUGAACUCCUUUUGUUUUGCAUAAAUAUCAGCUUAUCUGUUUACAAUGGGUGUAAUUCAACGAGUAGCAAAACCGAGGACCAAGAGAGGUAAAAGAGUUUUGUUGAAGAAAGAACCCAAAGUAGUAGAAAACCCCAAACAAUGUGUGUUUAUACCAGGUCGCAAAGUUUCAAUAACUUCCAAAAAUUGCAUGGUUGAUUUGUUAAAACUCAAGAAACCCGAUGCAGUGAUGUUAACACAAAAAAAUGACAUUUUGCCGUUUGACGAUACAGUACAGAUUGAAAAAUUACUGCAGAAACACGAUUCGUCCUUGUUCUUCUUUUCAUCUCAUAAUAAAAAAAGACCAAAUAAUUUAGUAUUAGGCCGCACUUAUGAUCAGCACGUAUUGGAUAUGUUUGAACUGGGCAUCGAGUCUUAUAAAGGUUGCGGAGAAUUCAAAGGUUUAUCUGAAAUAACGGCCGGUGUGAAACCAGUCUUGGUAUUUAUGGGUGAUCAAUUUGAUAGUGACCAACAGCUAAAGCGCUUACGGAACUUAUUCGUUGAUAUGUUUCAAAAACAGCCAUUAAAACAAAUUAGGCCUAAUGGUAUUGAACUAGUUAUGUCUUUUACAGCCGUUGACAAUAAAAUUCUAAUGCGCUCAUAUAGGUCUUCUUUAACUAAAACUAGUAUAAAAACACCUCGUGUUGAACUGAAAGAAGUUGGACCGUCUGUUGAUUUUGUCAUUAGAAGAAAUCACAUGGCUAGUGCAGAUCUGUUUAAAACUGCUUGCAAACGACUUUCGACCAAAGGCAAGAAAAUCAAGGGUAUUCGUCGCGAUGGCUUUGGUUCCAAAUUAGGCCGCCUGCACAUGACCAAACAGGAUGUCAAUAAACUGCAAACCAGAAAGAUGAAGGGAUUGAAGAAAACAUUUGCCGAGAAGAAAAUGAAAAGAAAGGCGGAUGCUGCAAAGAACGGGCCUGUUGUUAAAAAACCUAGAGCAGAGGCUCCACCAGUUAAAAAAUUGAAGAAAUUCAGCAAAAAAGGAAGAAAACUAAGAGGGGGACAAGUUUAAUGACAGUUGUUUGUAAUAAUAAGUAUUUUAUGUAUAUUUUAAAACACAAAUAAUAAAAAUAUGUUUUUAUUAUAAAAAUGUUGUAUUUGUUCUAAUAUAAAAUAUUUUACUAGUAUAACAAUACUAAAAUAA